AUGAAGGUAGCAGUAAAUCCUCAAAAUUUAAAGCCACCGUUUGAAAGAAUUCAUCAUUUUGUUGCUACCCCUGCAUAUAUUCCACCUACAAAAUCUCCAAAACAGCAAAAAGGAAAUAAUCCUGCAAAAUUAGACCCUCUUCCAGCUGUAGAACAACAGCAACUUGAUAAAGGGCAAAACCUAUCUACAGAAUCAUUCGAAAACGAUAUGCAUAUUGUUGGAUUUGAAUCAGAAUUUGAAAAUUUUAUGGUCGAAGUUUUUGAUACGAGUUUAACUGCAGCCUUAGAAUCAACAUUCAAAACCCGCUACUCCGCGCUUGAUUGCUUGUUAUGGGAAAAAUCAGAAUCUUUAUCUGCGAUUUAUUCACAAUCUCACUCGAUUUACUCCCAAGAUUUUCAUUGCUUAGCUGGAGAAUGCCUCCUUUCUUCUCAUAUUUUGACAACAAAAUACCCAACAAAACAUGAAUCAUAUAAUGCUCAAAUAGAAUCACGUUUAGUACUAGAUAAUACACCAGUUAUGCUUUUUGCUCUUAAUAACUACCAAGGACAAGCACGUUACGUCGUUCAAAUCAUUGGAACUCCCAAUUCAAACGAAUUUACCAAGAAAGAUAUCACUUUUAUUAAAUUUUUUCAAAGGAAGUUUGUUAUAUUCAGUCGUUACCUUAUUGAUCAACCAUUACAAGAACCAAUUUUACUAGAUUUACUUAAAAUCGACAAAAUCGACAAAAUUCUUUCUAAACUGAAAGAUGGCUUACAAUCCUAUGUCAAUAUAAAGUCAUUAGAGAUCUGGUCACUUGACAAACAGAAGAAAAUCCUUACAAAAUACUUAGAAGGCAAAAUUGAAGAAGUUGAAGACGACAAGAUCGGCCAACUUGGUUAUUUACUUAAAACAGAGAAAUACAUAAACACGGAUAGCAUCGAUGAUCCGUCAGAUAUCUCAAAUGUCGGUGUUCCAACAAUGAUGAUUCCUAUUACAGACUACAGAGAACAAAGGACACUUGGAAUCAUCAUCAGAGGUGAAAAGGAUGGCAUUCCUUUCGGUCCAGAAGCGGAACGUAUGAUGAAACAGUUUGCUCCUGUUAUUUCCUUGGCCAUUUCCAAUUCAUUGAACUACACAGGAGUUCUUUCCGAUUUCAAGAAGACUACAGAAGAAAGAGAAGGACUUUCCGCACUUCUUGAAGUAGCAGAGAUUCUUUCACGACAAUUAGAUAUCGGAAGAUUGUGUGAGAUCAUUAUGGAGAAAGGUUGUUACCUUACAAAGAGUGAUAGAUGUUCAUUGUUCUUAGUUUCACAAGAUGGAAAAUCUCUUACAACGAAAUUCCAUCGUGGUCUUACAAAUGGAAUUGAAAUUCCUAUCAACAAAGGUAUUGUAGGAAAAACAGUAACACAAGCGAAACCAUUGAAUAUACAUGAUGCUUAUUCUGAUCCUGAUUUCAAUGUUGCAACAGAUAUUGCUACAGGAUACAAAACAAAAACAAUCUUAAGUGUUCCUAUAUUUAAUAAUCGUGGAAAAAUCAUUGGUGUCACAGAAAUGAUCAAUAAAAAGAACGGACAAGCAUUUAGUAUGUGGGAUACUAAUCUUAUACAAAUCUUCAAUGUUUUCUGUGGUAUUUCUCUUGAAAAUGCUCGUUUGUACAAUGAAUCAAUAGAUAUGUCUAAGAAAUUGAAAUCUUUCUUCGGAAUUUCAUUCUCUGUUAAUAAAACAGAAGACAUUAAACGAAUUCUUUCAGACAUCAUGAAGAACGCACGCCGUGGUUUACAAGCGAAACGUGCAUCAAUAUUUGUUGUUGAUGAUACUAAUAAACAAAUACUUAGAUCAGUGAUUGUCGAUGGUGGAAAGAUUCCUGCGACAUUCAAUGUAAGUGAAGGAAUAAUUGGUGCUUGUGUAAGAACAAAACAAGCAAUAUUUACUAAUGAUCCUAAAAACGAACCAAGAUGGAAUCCAAAGGUUGAUGAAGUUACAGGGUUCCAGACAACGAAUAUCUUAGCUGUUCCUCUUAUUUCUACAGAAGGAGAUGUAAUGGGUGUUGUCGAAAUGGUCAAUAAAAUCAAUGGUAAAUUCAGUGAUGCCGAUGUUAUGCUUUUACAAGCUUUUUGUAGUUUCGCUGCAAUUACUAUUGAAAACAGUCGAAACAAACAAUUGGCGCCAAUGUCUGUUAGAUCAGCACGUCCUGUUAUCUUCAAUGACAGGAAUGUUGAGAAGAUGGCAAUGACAACAGAACAAAUGGAAGGAAUGACAGGAAUCUCAUUCUGCGCAUUCGAUUUCGGUGAUGAAGAACUUGUUAGAAUGGUUUUCUCGAAUUUAGUUAUUUUCGGAGUGCCUGAGAAUAUGAGAACUAACCACGAAACAUUGCUUCAUUUCAUUUUGCAGGUUAGAUUGCUAUAUAACGAUGUUCCUUACCAUAAUUGGAGACACGCAUGUGAUGUUGUUCAAUUUGUUUCUUUUGUUUUGCAAAGUAUAAAUGCAAAAGAAAUUUUCGAACCAAUAGAAAUCAGUGCAAUUUUCAUUGCUGCAAUUUGUCAUGAUGCUGGUCAUGAUGGAUACUCAAACAUCUUUAAUAGACAAGCAUCAACACCAUUAGGACAAAUCUAUUCAGGAAAGAACUGUGAAGAAUUGUUCCAUUUGUCAUUAAUUGCAAGAGUUGUAAAUAGUCCGGAAUGCAACAUCUUUUCAAACAUGACUCAUGCAACAAUGGCCAAAUUCUGGGCAAUGAUGAUUCGAAUGAUUAUUGAUACUGAUCUUGAAGUUUUCAGUCAAGUUAUGUCUAAUAAUUCAUUGAAUAAUCUUGACAUGAAGAACCAGAACUCUCGAAUAAAAGUUUUAUCAUUAAUCCUUAUUUUGAGCAACAUUUCCAAUGUCGCUCGACCAUUUGAUGUUGCAAUGCGUUGGUUGGACUGUUUGUCAACUGAAUACUACAAACAAGGUGAUAUAGAGAAGUCACUCGGAAUGAAAUAUACAAAUGUAGCAAAUAAUAGAGCACUUCCAGAUAAACCUAAAGAACAGUCUAACUUUAUCAAUACAUACGCAUUGCCUUUGUCUAAAGUUGUCGCCACUCUUUUCCCAGCAUUAGAUGUCAUCUGCAAAUCUAUUGCAACUAACUUAGUUGAAUGGAGUAAGACAAAUCAAUAA